GGCUGGGUGUUUGCUGGGGGAAGGGCUGUUACAGCUGAUCAGGGGGUGAGGGCGUCUAGAGGUUCCACUGAAUGCCCCUCACCCCCAGCCUGGGGUGGCUUGUGUCCAUACAGGUUAUAAAAUGCUCAGGGGCUGGUCAGUUUAGGAGAUAAGCUGAACUUUGAAUGCUGGCAGGUGGUGCUCUGCCAUCCCACUUGGACUGCUGUGGAGGACUGGAUAAUUUGGAUUAUAGCAAGGUGGAUUUCUCAGCCAUGACACUGCUGCUCGGCUAUGUCAAACUCACCGAUUCCACCUUCGCUGCUGCUGUCCUUUGCAUUGCUUUUAACCCGCUUUUCUGGAACGUGGUAGCAAGAUGGGAACACAAAACCCGAGUUCUCAGUAGAGUCUGUGGCUCUCCAUAUACUGCAUGUUACUGCCUGGGCACUGUCAUCCUGCUGCUUAACUUUAUACGAAGCCAUUGUUUCACGGAAGCCAUGAGGAGUCAGCCGAAGCUGGAAGGUCUAGAUUGCCUCUCUGUCUACUAUGCAGGCUUGGCUGUUCUGGGAGUAGGGUUCUUGUUCGUCAUCUCCAGUUUUUUAGCACUGGGAUUCAUCGGGACAUUUUUGGGUGAUUACUUUGGCAUCCUGAAGGAGGAGAAAGUGACUAGCUUCCCGUUUAAUGUAAUGGACAAUCCCAUGUACUGGGGCAGCACUGCCUGCUACCUCGGCUGGUCCAUCAUGCAUGCGAGCCCAGCUGGUCUUUUACUGACAGCCGUAGUAGCGGUUUCUUAUAUGAUUGCAAUGCUGUACGAAGGACCCUUCACAGAAGAAAUCUAUCAGCAGAAACAGAAGGCGGCAAAGAAGAAAUAGCAGCAGCAGGUGUGUUUGCAGAGUACUGAGGAGAGCGCAAGAGCUGGGUGAUUUCAGUAAGGGGAGUCAGUCUGCUGGGCCAUCCACCUGCGUGAGAUAAUUUGACGGGAUAAGAGAACUCAGCCUGACUUCUAAUUAUGCCCUUCCCUGAGCUUUGCAUUCGCUGACUCUUUCUAAUCCCUCUCUCUAGUUCUCAAGAGAUUUUGAACUUCAAACCCCCACAAAACCCAGCUAGGAGAGUUUCUUCACAAUGAGUUUUGUUCCCACUUCCCAGUUGGUUCCAAACCAGCCAAGGCAAAAGUGUUUUGAUUAUAGGCCUGAACGUGAAAGAAAGGCAAAACCGGCGGGUAACUUGAAAUUAAACAUUUAACCUCUAUAAAGCCGCAAGAAAAACCCAGCUACUGCGUGAGGCCGAGGUUCAAACGUAACAGGUGCGAUUGUGCAAAAGUGCACCCACGCUCUGUGAGCCUGCAUCAUGGACAUGCAAAACGGUUAAAGCCAUGCCUGACUGCCCCAUUGCAAGUGGAGAUCAGGUCAUUCCAGACACACAUUUGCACAUGCUUGUGUUAUGAAAAUUUAGCCCAUGCGGCCUGAUUUUUAGACUUGCACGUGUAAAGGCCUAUGCAGAAAGGCUUGGGCAAGUACCUGGCUGGUCUGCAUGUACAGUUACUGCCACCGCACCUUUUGCUAGUCUUAAAUUCACCAAAAUUUGGCCAAGAUUUUCCAAAAGUGACUAGUGAUUUUGGAGGCCACAAUUUUUGGAUGGCCAGAGGGAGACAUCUUUAAAGGACUAAUGGUCAGGAAGUGCUGAGUGGUCAUCGGGCCCCGUCAAAGUGCCUCAAGUUGGGCAUUCAAAAUCACUAGUCACUUUUGCCAGUCUUGGCCAAAGCCCACUUAAGCUUCCAGCCUACUCUCUAACAUCAAUGCGCAUCAGAUUAGACCUGCCACUGGUCCUACAAAGCAUGCCUUAUCGCAGCCAAAAGGAACCAUGCAAGAAACGCUUCUCCAAAGAAUUCUCUUUUUCACUUGCAAACAGCAGAAGUCAGAGAAUCCCAGGAUCUUGGUGUGGAUCUGAGAGGUGCUCAGAUGGUGGUGACAUAAGUCUUUUUUAAUUUUUCUCUCUCUCUUUUUGAGAGACAGUUUCUCGGGCAGCUCCACACACGCAUGGUUUGCUGGUCCUCUGGAUGUGUGAUUUGCCCAUUUUCCCUUUGAAAUGUCUCUUGCUAAUUAGCCAAACAGACCCCUUCCUGCCAAUGAAUUCUACCACGGCAGUUGUAACAAUCAGAGAAACAACCAGAAUAAAAGCACUCGCAGAAGCCCAGGAGUUCUCUAUGGCUCACUCUACCCUUUGUCUCCUCUUAUUGCCUGGCUCACAAAAGCUGAAGCCCAGACACACAAAGAAAGUAACCAAGAAGAAGGAGAUUAGCUCAGAGGACUAUCAUGCAGCCCCUUUCAACCUUUCUCCCACCCAUCUUGGGAGGAAG